AUGGCGCCCUCCAAAAGGACAAUGUUGUUUGUGUGCCUCUUGGUUGCUGCGCUGGCAGUAGCUGUUCCGAUAGCUCAAGGGCAGAUCAUCACGAUCGGGCCUAUUGCUGGUGUCUAUCGCAUCCAAGGCUUGCUCUUUUGCAGUCUCAAUGGCACUGCCAGUGUCGGGACCAACGGCGCCAUUCUUACCCCUCCAUUUUCAAAUGCUACGGUCCAACUACGUUGCGGAGCAAAUGACAUUGUGUUAGGAACUGUGCAAACCCGCGCCGACGGAACGUUUUCAAUCUUGUUAGACGUAUCCUUCUAUACACUACCUCAAAUAUUGUCCGGAUGCCGUGUUGUGGUUACAACACCACUUGCCAAAUGCAACGUCUCCCUCCCUUCCACCGGAACUCUUACAUCGGCCUUGACAUCUAUCGGAAGCACCAUUGUUCCCUCCUUGCCCACCAGCAACAUCGGCACCGGGGUGUUCAGUGUCUCCGCGUAA